AUGGUGGGCAGCAAGGAGGACAGUCUCGACCGAAGUCUCUCGUCGCAUGCUGCCCACGAUGAGCACAAGGGGCUGGAUGACAGCGAGCUGCCAGAUUAUCAGGAUCCCGAGGUGAAGAGGAUCAUGCGAAAGGUGGAUUUCCGACUCCCUCCUGUUCUGGCCAUUCUGUACCUCUUUUCGUUCUUGGAUCGAAGCAACAUCGGAAACGCCAAGAUUGCUGGAAUGACCAAGACUUUGAAGAUGAGUGGGCAUGACUACAACAUCGCACUGACCGUGUUCUUCUUCCCAUAUGCUUGCUUCAUGAUUCCGUCGAAUAUGGUCCUCAAGAAGGUCCGACCUGCGACGUGGAUGGCAUUCCUCAUGACGGGCUGGGGCGUUGCGAUGAUGUGUCACGGCUGGGUCCAAACCAAAGGACAAUUGAUUGCAUGUCGCUGUAUCAUGGGACUCUUCGAAUCCGGCUUCUUCCCAGCUGCGGCAUACCUCUGCACUCUCUGGUACUGUCGCUUUGAAUACCAACAGCGCGUGGCGUACUUCUAUUCAUCCGCCACACUUGCCGGCGCUUUCUCUGGAAUCCUCGCGUACGGUCUCGAGAAACUCGAAGGAAAAGCCGGAUAUGAAGGUUGGCGAUGGAUCUUUAUCGUUGAGGGCAUCGCUACAAUCAUCAUCGGCAUCAUCACAUACUGGAUCCUACCCAACUCACCGCAGGGCUGUUCUUUCCUGACCGAACGCGAGAAGUCUAUCAUCGCUCGACGACUUGCUGAGGAUUCCGGUACCAAGGACGGCAAGGUGAUCAACAACGGCGACCGCUUCAGCUGGCCUGUCCUUCGAGAUGUUCUGCUGGACAAGAGGCUGUGGCUAGGAGGUGUCAUGGUCUGUGCUCAGUCGAUCCCAUUCUAUGCCUUCACGUUCUUCGCGCCAACCAUCAUCAAAGAGCUCGGUUUCAAGACGUGGAAAGCUCAACUCAUGACCGUUCCAGUGUACAUGGUCGCUUGUAUCGGUACGCUGGUCAUCGCCUACUUUGCCGACAAGCAGCAUCGACGCUGGCCAUUUGUCGCUUUCCCAUACAUCUUGUCAGCGUGUGCCUUCAUCGCAAUGUUGGCGAUCCCGCAUCCUCGGUACCCAGGACUUACAUACGGAUUCCUAUUCUGCAUCCCUCUCGGCCUGUCUUCCGGCCUCAACGCCUUGAUCGCAUGGGUCGGCAACAACCUCGCUCCUUCAUGGCGCCGUGCAAUCGGAAUGGCAUUCAUAACAACAUUAGCCAAUUUCGGCGGAGCCAUCGGCGCCAACAUCUACCUCGCCGAGCAAGCUCCCAGAUAUCCCCUGGGCUUCGGCUUCUCUCUUGGUGUCCUCGUUGCCGGCAUCACGUCUGCGUUUGCCUCGCGAUGGAUCCUUCGCAGGAAGAACCGAGAGCGCGACCAGCUUGAUCCAGCUACUGUCAAGAGCCAGUAUAGUGAGCAGCAAUUGUUGGAUUUGGGUGAUAAGAGUCCGCUGUAUAGAUAUGUGAUUUGA